UCUCAAUCGUCUAUAAAUCCUAGACCUUACCCUAUUCUUUUUCUUUGCUCAUAAUAACCAUCGAACCUAACGCGCUUGUGAGCUCUCUUCUCAUCCUACAAGCGCUAGAGGUCGAGACUCGUUUAGGGUUUCUCAAAAACUUUGGUUGGUUUACAUCGAGAUAGAGCUUUCUGGGUUUAAUCUCCAUCGAUAUAUUCUUGUUUGGGUUGGUCGAAUCUGAAAGCCAGCCUUUGGGUUAUCUUUAGUUUAGGAAUCGAAUUCAUCCCUAAAUCCCCCCGAUUCGAUCUGAGAAAAUAUGUCGCGAGUUCUCACUUGCCCACCGCUUGUCCUUGCAAGGAACCAGGCGAGCGUUCGGAACUUGGUCGAAUCGACUAAGCUUGAAAGAGUCACACAUGAUUCUAAAAACCCGCUCCACCGGAUUGAGAAGAAGGAAAAGAAGGAGAAGAGAAAACAUACUAAAGAAACUAAAGGGGAGAAGUCUCAUAAACAACAGAUUCUUUUAUCGAAGAAAGUCUCAGAUGAGUCUGACCAACUUGAGAAGAGUGGUUUGACAGAAGAGCUUGAGGCAUCUCAAAACCACCACGGAUAUCUGUCUGAUGGAAGCCAGAAUAGUAAGAAGAGGAAUAGAGAAGACUCUCCUCCACCUGUUGAAAGUCUCAUCAAAGCUGCACCUGUAGCAGGUAAUCCUCUACGCAUUCGAUUGGUAUUAAAGAAACCAAAGGCGGAAGCUCCUGUUCCGCCUCGAGAGGAUCUUGUUUGCUCCACUUCGGUUGCAAAGCCUCUCAGUCACCAAGAUGUCAUAGCAAGUUCUGUCUCAUGUCCAAAAAUAUCUGAGCCUGAACAGAAUCUGCCGUCAACAUCUGUGGCUGCAAUAGAUGAAACAAAGAAGAGAAAGAAACACAAACCAAGCAAAGAAGAUCGAUACAAUGCAUUAUUUGAUGAUUGGACUCCCUCUUCCAUUUGUUUAGCAGACAUUACUUCUUCCAUGGAAGAUGACGAUGAUUGGCUAUUUGGGAAGAAGACGCAAGUGAUGCCUAAGCCCAAAGCAGCAGUCAAGAUUGACGAGGACAUGAAGAUGAGACCCAGUGAUUCAUCUUGGCCUAGAGCUCAGCUUUUGUCUGAAGUUGGGAUUUAUUCUUUACCGUACACAGUCCCAUUCUAAUGCUCCCAAUUUUGCUCUAGAUUUAGCUUAGCUUGUACAUUGACUGUUUGUAACCACAAUUAUAAUCUAACCCAAUUUUGAUAUACCUCCUAUAUCGCUUUGUAUCUUUUCUGUAGCCAAAGGCUUUGUAAAAAAAACCAUUCAAAUCAA